CCAGCCGCAGCCUGGGGCGGGAAGUCGCGGGGCCGGGCGGAGCGGGGCGGGGCGGGGCGGGGGCCGCGGGGCCGGGGAAGCGCCUCUGGCCGGUCUCGGGCCGCCCCGCGACACGGAGCGCUGUUUAGGCUCGCUGCUCGAUCUGAAAACGGCCAGGCCGAGGGGCCGCGGGGCUGCGGGGCGGGGAAAGCCGAGGGCGUGGGUGGGCGCGCCGGGUCAGCAGAGAAGGCUGUCCGCCCGCUAGGCGCCGCUGCGCAUUUGGUAAAUGGGAGGUGACGCUGGUGACCGAGAGCCGGGGCCCGCUGCCAGGAGCCUGGGCGAGGGCCAGGCUGGCUUUGCUACAGCUGACCACUCCGGUCAGGAGAGAGAGACUGAGAAGGCUGUGGAUCAACUAGCCCGUGGAGCACAGAGCAUCCCUGAUGACAGUCCUGCCCGGGGUGAGGGCACCCAUUCUGAAGAGGAAGGCUUUGCCAUGGAUGAGGAGGACUCUGAUGGAGAACUGAAUACCUGGGAGCUGUCAGAAGGGACAAACUGUCCACCCAAGGAACAGCCUGGCAAUCUUUUUAAUGAGGACUGGGACUUGGAGUUGAAAGCAGAUCAAGGGAGUCCAUAUGAUGCUGAUGACAUCCAGGAGAGCAUUUCUCAAGAGCUCAAACCUUGGGUGUGCUGCGCCCCACAAGGAGACAUGAUCUAUGACCCCAGCUGGCACCAUCCGCCUCCACUGGUACCCUAUUAUUCCAAAAUGGUCUUUGAAACAGGACAGUUUGACGAUGCUGAAGAUUGAGUGUGGAGCUUUCUGCCUUGUAGGUGGGCGGGCCUCCACAUCAGGAUCUCUUUUCCUGUCUUGGAGGUGAAAAGUCGUAUCUGAGAAAAUGUUUGCAGUGACCCCUAGUCUGGGGUACACAGACCAGUGUUCCGUAUUGAACAGUGUUCAAUAAGGCCCCGUCGUUCUCGCCAGUCUGUUAUUGUUCUUAAUGGGCUCCUCCUUGAAAUGUGUGUGUGUUUGUGUCAAGAGGAGUUGUGUUCUUUGUAAAUAAAGGUUAAAAAAAGAAACCA